AUGGCUUCCCUCCUGUCGCUGCCGUCCCGCCUCGCCGAACGCACGCUGGCCGCGACCUCCUCCCUCCCCUCCCUCGCCGACUGGGUCACCGUGGCCACCGCCAUCUGCCUGUAUGGCGUCGUGGCCCUGCCCAUCGGCAUCUCUUCCCGGUUCCUGCGCCCCACCUGGGAUAGGAGCCCGGCGCGGUGGCUCACGGCGGCCAUGAUCGGCUUCCUGAUCCCCGGCCUAUUGGAAGAGUGGCUCUUCCGGGUGCUGCUGCUGCCCCACCCGCAGGUGGACACGCGCGUGGAGCUGGCCUCCCUGCUGUUCUGGGUGGCUUCGUCCAUCCUUCUGUUCGUGGGCUACCACCUGUCCCCCCUGCACCAGCCGCGGCACGUGUUCAGGGACAGGCGGUUCCUGGUGCUUGUCAGUCUGCUGGGCACCGCGUGCACACUGGUGUACCUGUCCACGGGCUCGCUGUGGUGCGCGGCGUGGACGCACGCCGUGCCGUUCGUCAUAUGGCUGUGCGGCCUCGGGGGAGUUGAGACGCUGGGGAUGGAGCCCUGGGAGCUGAGGGCGUAG